UUUUUUGAGUUUUUACUAUGAGCGGCAUUGUCGAGCUGAACGAGGAAGGCGGCGAGGUUAUCGAUCUGACUGCCGAGGAGCAGGCACACGGACACAGCCACUCUGGACCUCACGCACACUCGCACUCGCACUCGCACUCGCAUUCGCACGGCGGCGACGACGACGAUGAGCACGACGACGACAACGACGAGGACGACGAGGCGGCUGCAUCUGCAUCUGCCGCGAACGUUGCUGCCUUCCUCGCCAACCUGGCUGCCGAGCUGGCUGAGGACCAAGCAGCCGGACGCGUCGACGGCGCGAUCGAGGAAGUUGAGGACGACGACGACGACCAGUACGAGGACGAGGACGAGGACGACUCGAAGCAGCUUGCGACCAGCGACGCUGCUGCUGCUGCUGCUGCCGAGGCCGACGACGAUGCCGAGAUCGACAACAUGGACGACUCGGAGUUUGACUACCCCGAAUCGAUUGGCGAGCGCCUCGCUGGUCUGAAGGAAAUCAUCCCCGCAGGACCCCGCAAUGCCAUCUAUAGCGCUGUCACCUUGAGCACAUGGGCAACCAAGUCGCUUGUCCGGCUAUCUGGCAAGAUUGCCUGGGUUGUCGGCACUUCCGCCCUCAUCACCUUGGUGCCCCUUGGUCUCGAAGUCGAGGCCGAGCAACAAUUCGUCAUGUGGGAGGCUGAGCAACAGUCCACCAUGAUGCAACAGCAGCAGAUGCUUCAACCGAACGUCUUUGACGCUUCCCAGCCCGUUGCUGCCAAGUAAAAAAACAAGUCUCGUAGCGCCCUUCAUCCAUUCGAAAUGUCUCCCUUUUUUAAACUUGUAAACCUCAAAAGCGAAAAGCAACCGGGGGGAAGUGGUUUUUUUGUUGUCGUCUCCAUUCUGGUUAUUGUUGUUUCUGUCAAUUGUGUGAGUGUGUCCCCGUUCCUCCGUAAUGUAUUUUCUGCUUGCA